ACCUGUUUGUUUGUUCCCAAAAACUUCAACGCCGGUUUUUAAAGAACUCACAGCUUCUUCAAAUUUAAUUCCCUCUGCACCCUCAAAUCCCCGCCCCGAACGCAGAGCUUUUAUAUUCCUCAUUACUUCCUACUUGUCUGUAUCAUCACUACAAAUUCAUUCAACAACAAACGAAUUCAAAUCCUCCAAACUCCUCUUCCUCUUUCCCUCUCAUCUCCAAUUCUAGGGUUUCUCAUUUCUGCUACUGCCUCUGUUGCGAACCCUCCCUUCUGUUAAUCUUUCCUAUUCUUAUCCCUUUUUCAUAUCCUAGAGGUGACAAUGGCUGUGAAUCUGACUCCCAAUGCGAUCCCUGCCAUCAAUGGAGGCGACCUUAAUUCCAAGCCGCUGGUUCAGGUCUUAGAUAUCAAGCGGAUCGUCACCGAUCAGGAGAGGUACCGGUUCCUCAUCUCUGACUCCCUAUGGGCUCAGCAAGCGAUACUCGCGACACAGCUCAACGACCAAGUCAGAGACGGCCGGGUCAAGAAGGGGUCCAUUGUUCAGCUAAUUGAUUACAUUUGCAGCGAUGCGCGCGGCCGCAAAAUUAUUGUUGUGCUGAAUAUGGAAACUAUAAUACCAGAUUGUGAAAUAGUUGGGAAUCCAAAGAUGUUGAGUGAAUCAGAUGCAGCAGCUGAAAAACCAACGUCUGCUUCUAGCAUUUUGCAGCCACUGGCGCCAGCAAGAACUUGUAACAAUGGUUUAAACUUCCAAAAUCCUAGUAACAAUAGCGCUCCUGCUAGAGCUAUUAAUAGUUCUACUGUUCAAAAUCCUGGUAGCAGUGUGCAGACUUUCCGACCUACUGUCCAACCUCCAUAUCGACCCCCUCCAAAUUAUAAAAAUCAUGGCACAAUGGUGAAAAAUGAGGCACCAGCACGAAUCAUUCCUAUUGCUGCUUUAAAUCCUUAUCAGGGCCGGUGGGCCAUUAGGGCUAGAGUAACUGCGAAAGGAGAUCUUCGUCGCUAUAACAAUGCCCGGGGAGAUGGGAAGGUUUUCUCAUUUGACCUUCUAGACUCUGAUGGAGGGGAGAUACGAGUUACUUGCUUCAAUGCUGUUGUUGACCGUUUCUAUGAUGUGAUUGAGGUUGGUAGGGUCUACAUGAUUUCAAAAGGUUCAUUAAAGCCUGCACAAAAGAACUUUAAUCAUUUGAAGAAUGAAUGGGAGAUAUUAAUGGAGUCAACUUCAACUGUGGAGCUGUGUCCCGAUGAAGAUGCUUCCAUACCAAGACAGCAAUUCUCCUUCCUUCCUAUCAGUGAAAUUGAAAAUGCCAAGAACAAUUCCAUACUUGAUGUUAUUGGCAUUGUGAUAUCAGUGAAUCCAUCGGUUCCUAUCUUGAGAAAGAAUGGUAUGGAAACGCAGAGAAGAGUUUUGAAUCUGAAGGAUGCGUCUGGCAGGACUGUUGAGCUAACCCUUUGGGGAGAUUUCUGUAAUAAGGAAGGUCAGAAGCUUCAAGACUUAGUUGGAUCCGGGUCUUUCCCAGUUUUAGCAGUCAAAGCUGGAAAAGUCAGUGACUUCAGUGGGAAAUCCAUAGGAACUAUCUCUUCUACUCAGCUCUUUAUAAAUCCAGAUUUUCCAGAAGCUGUCAACCUCAGAAACUGGUUUGAUCGAGGGGGAAAGGAUGCUGCUGCAAUGUCUAUUUCUAGAGAUAUAAUACCCGGAGCAUCGAAGAAUGAUAUACGGAAAAAUGUGUCUCAGAUCAAGGAUGAAGGUCUGGGAAGAUCGGAUAAACCAGACUGGGUCACAGUGAGGGCAACAGUGACUUUCAUCAAAACAGAUACUUUCUGUUACACAGCUUGCCCUUUGAUGAUCGGAGAUAGACAGUGCAAUAAGAAGGUGACACGAUCAGGAGACUCAAGAUGGCAGUGUGACAGGUGCAACCAAGAAUUUGCUGAAUGCGAGUAUAGAUAUCUUCUUCAGGCUCAAAUUCAAGACCACAGUGGACUGACUUGGGUAACAGCUUUUCAGGAAUCUGGUGAAGAGAUAUUGGGUUGCUCAGCAAAGGAGUUAUACAGCUUGAAAUAUGAAUUACAGGAUGAUACCAGAUUUGCAGAGAUAAUCCGAGGCAGACUCUUUCAACAGUAUUUGUUUAGGCUUAAAAUCAAAGAGGAAAUGUAUGGUGACGAGCAGAAGGUUAAGAUUACCGUUAUUAAGGCAGAUAAAGUGAACUAUUCUUCAGAGAGCAAGUACCUGCUUGAUUUGAUCACAAGGUCUCGUAGAUAAGGACUGUGAACUUGAAGUAAAUGAUAUCUGGAUCCCUUAGUUUGGUUCUGCUGAGGAGACUUAUAAUUCUUGGUUCUUGGCGGAAUUAGUUUCCUUUUCCCAUCUUAGUAGUUCCACGGGUUAGUGGCGUCCUCUUCAUUUGAUUUUGUUCUUUUAGUUCUUUUUUUUCCGGUUUCUAUAUUCUUUCCCGUAGCUUUUAAGGACUACUAAGCAUUGGAAUCUAAAUGAGUCAUUUGAUGAUAUGCAGAUUAUGUUUUAAAUAAAUGAAUUUUAAAAAAAUUGUAAAAUUUAUUUGUAAAGAUAUACAUAUAUAUUCUUAUUGUAAACAAAAAAUCCAUUUAGUCCAUAUAAUGUUUGUAUUUGGUUUAUGAGGUGACUCGGUUCUUGUUGAGCAUAAAGACUUUAUUGAAGAGUUGAAGUGUUAAUAUUUUAUGCGUAAUGAUACUCCAUUACCGAGUUGUAUAUGAAA